GGUGUAUUGUGAUCAUGCUUGAUGCAUACGUUGAUCGUUGUGCACUUUUGUGGCUAAUCGGUGUGCUGACUAUUUGCUUUUGCUUUGCUAGCUCGCUUGCGGGAUUCUACUUUCUUCGCUUUGCUUCGCCUUAGUUUACGGAUCAUCAUCCGUUUGGGAUAUUCAGGAGUUCACCCAAGUUGAAGAUGGACAUUCCCACUGAUACUGUCAAGGAGCGUACAAGGCACACCAGAGCUUAUAAGAUUCCGGAUAUUGAUGUUUCGGGGUUGAUUGGUUUGAGUUCUCGGUUGGAAGGGGAGGUUCUCCGUGACUUCAAUCAUGAUUAUGGCAAUUUGCUCUCCAUCCUCAAAACAUCUUUCGAUCCAAUGGCUUUGAUCACCCUGUUUCAGUUCUAUGAUCCACAGUUGAGGUGUUUUACAUUUCAGGACUAUCAACUGGUGCCAACACUCGAGGAAUUUUCUUACAUACUCAACAUCCGAAUCACUGAUGAUGUACCUUUCAUUCGAGUUCCUGAGGUUGUGAGAUUUGGAAAAAUAGCUGAAGCUCUUCACAUGGGUAUAAAGGAGGUGGAAAGAAAUUGGAAGUCAUCGGGCGGUGUUUCUGGUUUCUAUCUUUGCUUUUUGAUCAGUAGGGCUGAGGAUGCGGCGAAGAAGGAGCAGUGGGUUGAUUUUAGUCGUUUGCUUGCCAUCAUGAUUUAUGGUAUUGUCUUGUUCCCUUCAAGAGAGAAUUUUGUGAGUUUGGCGGCGAUUUGUGUCUUUAUGAACAAAAACCCCGUGCCAACGUUGCUUGCAGACGCUUAUUUUUCGAUCUAUUCGAGAAGUAAGAAGGGAGGAUAUUUUGUUGGUUCUUGUCUUCCGUUGUUGUAUCAGUGGUUCAUGUUGCAUUUGCCGGUGAGAGGACCUUUUGUGCUCAAGAAGGGUUCUCUUAAGUGGUCAGAUAGGAUUGUUAACCUCACAUCUUAUGACAUCAGGUGGAACUAUUGUGUGGGGAAAAUUUGGAGCAUCAUCACUAGUUGCGGUCAAUAUCCCAACGUUCCUCUCAUGGGAACCAGAGGUUGCAUUAGUUACAAUCCCACACUCGCCUAUCGUCAAUUGGGAUAUGCAAUGGAAAGGGCUCAGAAUGAUGUAGAAGCGUUUGAAUCAGUGUACUUUGCUGAUGGUAAAGAUUCUCUGGAGCUAGAAAAGAUAGCGUAUGCUUGGACCAAAGUUCACAAGAGAGAUCAGAAUACUUUGAGCAAGAAAGUUCCUAUUGCUAUGGGUCCUUACCGAAAGUGGGUUGAAGCAAGAGUGGCAAAUCUAUUGUUGCCAUUUGCAAGGUCAUGUCCAUUGUAUGAGCAACCUCCCGUGGUUUAA